CGCUCCCCGCCGAGCACACUGCGCACGCGCAGAGUCUUCCAGCUCCCUCACCGCUCCCCUUCACGGGUCGAAGCUACUGUCGCGAUACAGAGGGAAACAAAGUACGACUGGAUUUUAUAUCGGGAUAGCCGGACCUCGCCGCCCAUUCGGGACGAGAGUUGGCGACAGCUGUAACGGGGCGCUGUGAGUAUCCCCUCCUCGGCAGCCGGUUUGCGAAUUCAGUGCGGGCGGUGACGGCUAGAUCCCGGGGACUUGUUUGUGUGGCGGUGAAGAUUCGGGCAGGGAGAGCUUGUUUAUAAACAUUGUCAAUUGGGAGGGAGCUAGUUACUUUUAUUGUUUGCUUUCCACGUGAUGGAGGCCCAGUGUAUUGCUGAACAGCCAUGUGUGGUGGGGGAAACCCUGACAUGAUGAAAUCGGUAACAUUGAUAAACCUAACAUGACGUGACGGCUGAGAGAGGCGUGCCAUUACCUGAGUGACUGAUCUGGAGGGAGGGGGUACCCUACACUGGGACCUGCCUUCCCCCCCAUGUGGAUCUAAAUGGGAGAAUAGUGGUAAAUAAUAUUGUGUGUGUAUAUAUAAUUCUAACAAUAUAUCAUUAUACACAUUUUUUAUUUUAGUAUGUUUAUUCUCUAAAGUUGUAACAAUGUCAUCUGAGAGGCCUGCAUUUUGGUUAAGUAGCAGGUUUGGAAACAUUUGUACAGAGUUCUAGCUUCCAUUUCAUCAUUUCGAUUUCUAUUGUCCUAGCCUUGAAGUUUAGUGAAUAGCUAGGUCCUCUCCGAAUUGUACAUAAUUAAAAUUGCAAAAUGUAAACUAGAAUGGCAAAUCAUUCUUCAUGUAACUUCUUUUGGCGUUAAAGGGACACUAUAGUCACCAAAACUACUUUAGCUUAGUGAGCAGUUUGGCUUUAUAGAUCAUUCCUCUGCAAUCUCACUGCACAAUUCUCCGCUAUUUAGGAGUUAAAUCACUGUUUAUUCAGCCCUAGUCACGUCCUGCAUUUUACUUACACAGCCUACCUAAAUACUUCCUGUAAAGACUUGUAAAGUAAGUUAACAACCCAUUGAAAAUGAAACCUUUUUAUCUCCAUGCAGGCUGUGCUAGUCACAACCAGGGAUGUAUGGCCAGGUCUACAUAAACAAAUGGGAUUUAACACCUAAAUGGCAAAGAACUGAGCAGUGACCUAUAAGAAGCACGAUCUAUAUACAAAAACUGCUUGAUUUAAAGUGACACUAUAGUCUCCAGAACUACUAAAGCUUAAUUUAGUGUUUCAGGUGUUUUCUAUAGCCUGUCCCUGCAGGCUUUUCAAUGUAAAUGCUGCCUUUAUAUAGAAACGCAGAGUUUACAUUGCUGCCUAGUAACACCUAUAAGGCCACUAGAGGUGCAUCCUAUUUUAGUGCUGCAGUGUCCAGACAGAUGCAUUGAUUCAAUAGAUCUCCAUAAGGAGAUGCUGAUUGGUGCAGCAUAGGGUUGUGCCACGCAUGCGCAAUAGCCUUCCAUAAGGAGAUGCUGAUUGGCGCAGCACAGGGUUUUGCCACGCAUGCGCAAUAGCCUUCCACUGCUUUCAUAUGAGAAAGCAUUUGAUUGACUGAGAUUAUCAAGAUUAAUGAUCUUAGCCAUGUAGGUGGGAUCAGCUGCUACGAGACCUGCGUGACAGUGGAGAAAAGUUAAAUAAACUACCUUUUUUUCUCAUACCUGAGAGGGGCCAAUCACCUAAACAGCCUGUGACGAGACCAAUCUCGCCACAUUGCAUUGGAGAAGCCGGGUUGCUCGCCUGUUGCCUUGGGAUUAUGGCCCCAUGUUAAAAGGCUUAAUUUUCCCCUGCAAAGACAAGAAAGCCGGGUCAUUUGGUGCUUGCCCUGUUUGAGCAGUGAUACCCCAGAUAGCUAUGCCAUGGAGCCCAUUCGUAUAAUGAAAGACUAUGGGAAAGACUUUGGCUCCAUGGCAAUUGAACUGUAUGUGUGUGCUCUGAGCGCCAUUCAGUAAUAAUGUGCGCUUAGACCUAAGCUAUCUGGGCAUAUGUUGCAUGUCUGUAUUUUAUGUCAUAAAUGUAACCUUGUGUAUUUUAUUGUAUUUUACUGUCUUUUGCUGCCAUGUGUUCAAUGGAGUUUUGCCUCUGUCUUUGGAGAUAAUUGGAUUACUUCUAAUUAUCUCCAGGAUAGAAGACUCUGUGGAACUGGUUUUGGGCAGAAAAGCCAUGCUUCCUGUGGUCACAAAGGACUACGAUCUAUCUUUUGAACCACUGGACCAAUUUGUAUGAUUUUGAUGUAUGUUUGUAUUUGGAGUAUGCUGAUUCUGAAAAUGUAAGUUUUUUUUUUUUAUGUGAAUGUGAUGCAUACUUUUCAAGUUAUGAAUAAUGUGGAAAAAUUGUAUUUCUCUUUAUAAUUACAUUACCCAUUGUGUAAGGUAAUUGAAUCACAGGCAGAGGGGAGGAAUUUGUGUGGGAGUGUCUGAAUGUAUUGUAUGUGUUUAUUGGUUGUGUUCCAAAACCCUGUGGGUGGUACUAAUGUGUAAGAAUGUGUACAUAAGCACAAUAAACCCACAGCGCUGUCUGUUCACUGCUUGACCCUCAACACGGAGCUUUGUUCUCGUUCUUGGGGGGAUUUAUUGUAUGCUGUUCCAGUUUGACUGCUAGGAGUGUAAACCUAUUCGUAUGGUUUUUCCUAUUCGGCUGUUUACAGCAUUCAUAUGGUUUCCUGUUCGGCGGAUUGGUGUUCUGCAGUAGCUGUGCCUGCAUCUCUGGAAAGGGGGACGAUCACCUAAACGGUUUUUACCCCUUAUGUGCAAAACGGUCCGUUACACAGCCACUCCAGGGUUAUAGUGUUAGGAGUACAUGUUUGUAUUCCUAACACUAAAAUGUUCCUUCAGCUAAAGCUGUUUUGGUGGCUGUAGUGUCCCUUUAAGCAGGGCCGGACUGGCUCACCUGGAAAUUUCCUGGUGGGCUGGCAUACUAUUGGGUCGCACGGCUCAAUUACACCGCGACCGGUAGGAAAGGAUGCAUGGAGGGUUGAGUGCUAAUGCGACAAAUGGGGGGCUCAUGGGACACGUGGAGAUGCUGCUGAGACACAUGGGAGGGCUAAGAAGAUAAACAGGGCUGGGAGGGGGCUACAAUGGAUGCGUGGAGGGCAGGAACCCCUUACUCUCACUUCCUGCUGGGAGUGUUGCCCUUGGACCUCAGGGAAAAAGUUAAGCUGUUACUAACUGGUUUGGCUAAUUACAUUGGUAGAUGCACCAGGACAAUCCUGGCACCAUAACAACUGGCAGUGAUUAUGGUACUUGGAGUGUUCCUUUAGUAUUUUGUUUCUGCAUAAUUUUCAAGAGCUAGUUGUGCUUAUAGUUUUUGUUUUCUUUGUUAAAUUACCGCCUGUUAAGACACCUCCCGUGUCUUUAAGUCAAACCGCCGUUUAGUAAACCUUCCCCGGCUGCAGUACCGUCUCUGUUCGCUUACUCUAUAAUCCACGAACGUAAUGCAGGGGAAGCGACAAUCUCCCGAUCGAAAUCCACGAACGGCUCCAAACUCCCGAACGGCAAUAUACGAACUGCUAGGAACCGUCGAACAAUAAUAUCCCCAAAGCGGCUUUCGUUCCAUCCAGCAGUCUCUAACCGUGAAGAAGAAAUCCCCCCAAUAACGAGACAGAAGCUCCGCAUUGAGGGUCAAAUAAGAUCUGGGUUUACUGUGGGCUACCUGCCCGUAUUUAUGCAGGUCUCCCACCUGGUGGACACUCCCCUAGGGGACCAAAUGGAAGACUUAAAUUACAGACAGAUAGAAGGACAUUUCAGACACACAGUCACAUAUUUUACCCACAGUGCAUUCUGAUUCCCUCCCCUCUGUCCUGGAGUUAAUUACCAAGUAACUCAAUUAACUCCAGGACAAGGACAGUCGCCAUCUUAAACAUGAAAUAAUAAAAGACAUAAAAAUGCAUAACUACAUGAAAACUGAACAUUUCCCAUUCGUAUUACAUGUCCCCAGAUAGCCUGGAUCUGAGUGCAUAUUAUUGGCGAAUAGCGCUCAGAUCCCACACACAUAGUUCAAUCGCCAUGGAGUCAAAGUUCUUACAGUCCUUCGGUACACGAAUGACUCCAUGGGUGGGCUAUCUGGGUUAAGUCUUUUGUAUGCUCUCAAUCUCCCGAACGGCCGAUGUUCGCAUGCUUUCGUGGAGGCAGCCAGGCGUUCCCUUGUUUCAGCGGUGUUCGACAGAAAAAGUGUCCGUUUUCCGUUCCAUAGAAAUAGAGCCAAACACCGCUGAGCGUUCGCAUGAUUUAAAAUGGCCGCUGCCUCGUGGUCGACAUACGAACGACGACCACCCUGAGUUCGGUUUAAUUGAGAAGUGUCUGCGGUUAACCACAACGUUAUAAUGGUGAUCACUUCGUUAACCUGCAGCACACUCCUCACUUGGGUGGCCGUUCGUUCGGCGGUUUUGUUCGGGAAAAAGAGUCAUUCGAAUGGCUGGGCUAUAGAAACCAGCCAUUCAUACGAACGGGGACAAACAGACGAACGGGCAAAAAAUCCAGCAGACAGAUGGUUCUGUCACACCGCCAGUUUAGUUAGAAAAGAGCCAGAAUGUGUAAUGUGCUGUUUGAACCAGGUGGUUUACAGGUUUGCAUAAUGAAGAAAUAAAGCCAGGCUUCUAGACUGCCUAGUUUUCAAGACUUCACUAGUUAGUACCAGUAGUGUGAAUGCUGUGUUCUCCCAGAAAUGGUUGGUUAAGAGUUGUAAGAAUGAAUAGGGAACGAGUUCACAAAUAAAACUGGUAUGGAAAUUUUAUUAUAUAACCCAAGCACGAUAGCAUAUGUAAUGGAUAUCGGCACUGAACAAAUUUCCCAAACCUUAGGAAGUAUAUCUUUGUUACAAACUCACUGACAUAGCUCCAAAAUCAGGGCACUGCACUUCAGUUAUUGUGGGUACUAUGGUAACCCACACCUCUACCAGAUAAUUGUAAUUACAAAGCCACUGGGUUAAAGGACCACUAUAGGCACCCAGACCACUUCAGCUUAAUGCUAGGUCCAUCUAGGAUUAACCCUUUCUGCUGUAAACAUAGCCUCUAGUGGCUGUCUCAUUGACAGCUGCUAGAGGCGCUUCCGUGCUUCUCACUGUGAUUUUCACAGUGAGAAGACACCAGCGUCCAUAGGAAAGCAUUGAGAAUGCUUUCCUAUGGACUGGCUGAAUGCGCACGCUGCUCUUGCCGCGCAUGCGCAUUUAGACGAUGACGGGGAAAAGGAGGAGGAGAGUUACCCGCGCCAAGGGAGCCGGCGGGGGAAAACAGGUAAUAUUCAACCCCUUCCACCUCCUAGAGCCCGGCUGGAGGUGGGCCCUGAGGGUGGGGGGGACCUAGAGACCCUAUAGUAUCAGGAAAAUGAGUGUUUUUUUCUGGCACUAUAGUGGUCCUUUAAGAUUAAGUUUUUUCUUUUUUUUUUUUUUUUUUCAAACAUAGGCAUGAACACUUUAUUGUAUUUUAAUGGGACCUUUGUCCAAAAUGUAUGUAAUUCAUCUAGAAAAUGUUCAAUCUUUUUGAAUAGGACUACAGCAAUAGUUUUCAGAUCAUACAUUUUGGUUGUUAAAUUCAAGAAAAAAAUUAGCAAGCUCAUUCUCUGUGGGCUUGGCUUUAUAGACACUUUUCUUGUUUUUAAAGCAUGUAAAAGAUUGUCAUCUUUUUAAUUCAAUCACUUCACAGUGAUAGUUUUGAAAGAGGUGGAUUUCUUGGAAGUGUUUCAUUUUUACUUAUGUAAGUAGUGUUUGAAUUGCUGUACUAGUGCUAAACAAUAAUCUAUACAUUGUGCUAGCACAAGGAUGUGGAAUUUAUAUUGCCUGAAACAUGCAGUUCUGGGCAAGCAUUUUUUCUAUCCUUUCACCUCUGGCGUGGACAAGAAGCAGGGAUGUGUAUGAGUGGGGGAUUUGUGCUUUAGAAGAACUGGACACAGUAUUUCAGAGCUGGCUAUGGGGCCCCCAGUAGACCACCGGUCAGUGUACAGAGCUUAUGGCCGCCAGUAUGCAGCAUGACGUCAUAACCCAGUAGCCGACAAAGUGCAUGGAGGAAAGAGAAGUGAAGAGGACAAGCUCCAUCCCGACUGCUGGAUCUUGAAAGCAGCUGGCAAUAUGAAAGAUGCAGUGGGACUGUACUGUAGGUGUGUCAGAUGUAGUUUGUGUGUAAAUGGGCCAGUGUAUGUCAGUUUGGAGUGUGACAUGUGUCAGUGUGUGUGUCUGAAUGCACAUUGUGUGUGUUUAAAAAAAAAAAAAGCGUGUGUGAGUCAGUUAGGACAAGUUUGAUUUAAAAAAUAAAAAUAAAAACAAAUUAUACUUAAAUUUUUGAGAGUAUUAUACAUAUGUAGUUGCUUCAAUGUUCUGAGGUCUGUAAGUAUUGCACUAUUUGGUCCUGCCUCCUUCCCUGUCCCUCUGAACCGCGAUUGUCCCCAAGAAGAGCAGUCCUCCAUCACACAGACCUGCUAUCUUCACUGCCUGCACACCAGAGUUAAAGUCCUGUCUUAGUACUGCAAUGUAAACAUUAUUUUACAUUGCAAGACUGAGAGGGACAGGGACACGUCACUAAGACCACUUCAAUGAGAUGAAGUGGUCUGAGUGCCUAUAAUGUCCCUUAAAGGCAAAGCCAGGGAAAACAAACAAGGAGGAAAAAUUUAAACAUUGUUUUAUUUCUCCUUCUCUUUAUGCUUUAUCUAUUCGGACUGCCAUAUGCACUGACAAUGCUCUUUGUCAUUUUACACAGCGUGGGAAAAUUCCAAAGAACUUUCCCACGCUGUGUAAUUUGACUCUUAACACUCUGGAUGGAUUUCAAGCCAUCCAAUCAAAGUGUUUUGAGUCAUUUUACACAGCACGGGAAAGUUCUUUGGAAUUUUCCCACGCUGUGUAAAAUUACAAAGAGCACUCUGAUUGGCUUAAACCAAGCAAUUAGAGUGUUCUUAGCCUAAUUGCAUGGCAAGGCUAGGGGUGGGGGCUGGGAGGGAGGACAGUAGCCCCCCCCCCCCUUGUGAUUUAUGGCCCCAGCCCACCGCACAUAUUACAAGGAGGGAGUUGCGAGCCAGUAGCUCCCUCCUUGUAAUAAACGGAAUUAACAAAUGAACACUGAUAUUAAGUGUUUGUUCGUCUGAAAUUUCUAUUCAUUCAUUCAUCUUUUUUCAGAGUGUUUAACUGGGCAUGUGCGGGAAUUUUGCAGUACUAUCUAGUGUGGGCAGAUGACGUGUCCCACUCAAUUCUAUCUAUAUAGAUACAGAGAUAUAUAUAUAUAUAUAUAUAUAUAUACACACACACACACACACACACACUACACAAGAUCCAGCGCACUCACCUAUCCACUAAACAGCAACUUCAAUGUUGAAAGAUUUUAUUCGUUUUUUUAAAAACUCCUAAUCUAGGCUGUAACGGCUACCCUGCUGUAGGGGGGUACAUUGAUGUUGUGGCAGGCUUAUGCAAUGUAUGAUCAUAUAAUGUAACUAAACCCCCAUUAUUUUUGCCUAGAUUAGGUGUUUUUAAAAAAACUAAUAAAAUCUUUCAACAUUGAAGUUGCUGUUUAGUGGGUAGGUGAGUGCGCUGGAUCUUGUGUAUUGUAUUAUUUGGUCCCCAGUAGCACCCUCAUUUAUGCAUGUUCAGGUGCGUGCAGCCAACCCCCCUUGUUUCAUAUAUAUAAGUCAGGUAGAAUGGCUGCAUUCACGGAUUUUCCAAUAAAAAUUUACUUUUAUUCAAAUUCCCAUAAAACAAAUCGACGUUUCAGUCCAGCCUGUGGACUUUCAUCAGGAUUAUGAUUAAGUCCACAGGCUGGACUGAAACCCGAAGGUGUGUGUGUGCCAUUAAGAGAACACAUACCUCACUGCCAUUGCACUUUCCCCCGACCCGGUCCCUCCCAGAGGAGUUCCAUGACCCUGUUUUUACUGUUUCCCAUUUUUUUUUUUGGUAUGUUACCCAAGGCGCCCAAAUCUCGUCUAGUUUGUGCCGUUGUCGAAAGUUGGUGGCCCCUAUAAGUUCCAUACUAUGGUAAAUAUCCACUCUAUCUUUCAGUGUUUGUAUUGAAGGAAUAUGGGUACUUUUCCAGUUUAAAACUAUGAGAUGGCGUGCCGCUAGUGAAAUGAUUUUGCGUAAUGCCUUUUGUGCAAAAGACCCUGCUUUAGUGGGCAUAAAUAAGAGGUAGUUGCUUGGAGUGAAGGGCACCCGUUGGAGCUUCAGUGAUGAGUAGGUUUUCCACCUCUCUCCAGAGUGAACCUAUUUUCGCACAUGACCGCCAGAUGUGAAGCAUGGUGCCUUCUUCCAACCCACAUCUCCAGCACGUUGAGGGCACUGAAGGGUAGAUUUUGUGUAGGCGAUCUGGGAUUAAGUACCACUGGUAUACUAGUUUGCCGUGUGCUUCAACUUGGUGAUAGCACUGUGUUACCCCCUUUAGGGCGUUCAGAGACUCUAGUCAGGCCUCAUCUGAGAAGGAUAUGCCGCAAGCUAUUUCCCACCUCUCCUGGAAAGAGAAUAUGUUGAAGUAGACCGCUACCCAGCAGGCUAUUGUAAGCAAUUUAGGUUUUAGUGGAGUUUUCCAGCAUUUUUAUAAACAAUUGCAAUCGAGGUGGUAUUCCCCUAUAAAGUUGCUGAAGCGUCUCUAGAUGUUAGAGGAGUAGGUCUUUUAUUUGUAGGUACAUAAGUAAAUAGUUGGGGGGUAAGUGAAAUUGGGCCACUAGAGUUGGGAAUGGAAUAAUGGUGUUGCCAACUAUUAGUUGGGAAGCUUGAGAUAUUCCAACCUCACGCCAUUUCUGGAGUUGUAACUAGGGGGAUAUGGACUGUAGAGACUGUAGUGGGGCGUCUGGUAGAAAUAAUUUGCUUAGAUUCUGAUUUAGGAGCAGUGUGUCCCACGUGUUUACCAUAAGAGUGGUGGUGAGAAAUGCGGCAGGCAACGUUGACCUAAGGUGUUUGGGUGUCCAGAGGUGCUCUGUUAGGGAGAUACCUGGUGUGCGUUGUUGCUCCAUGUCCACCCAUCCCAAUGUGCAUUUUGGUGCAUGAAUGGUAGCAACAGCUUGCAAGAUGGAUGCAUUGUAAUAUAAGGAAAUGAUGGGUACGCCCAUGCCUCUGUUUUGGGUUGGCAAUUGUAGCAAGGUCAGUGGAAGUUUGACUUUCUUGUUGGCUCAGAGGAACUGUGUAAGCACCCUCUGCAGCAUUUUGCAGUAGGAAGGGGGUAUAGAAAUGGGGAGCAGUCUGAAUAUAUACAAUAUUUGUGGCAGUAUCAUCAUCUUAGUUGUGUCGAUUUUCCUUGCCGAUGAUAAAGAUACUGUUUUCCAUUUAUUAAGCUCGGUUCUACACUUCGAGAUAAGUGGUGUAUGGUUAUGUUUGAAAAUAUUUGACGUGGUCUUAGUAAGAUUUAUUCCCAGGUACGUGAUGUAGGAAGCCAACCAUUCCAGUGGGAAGGCAGGUUUUAGGUAUGUUAGUUUUGUCGAAGGCGGUUAAUAGUAAUCGCCUGGCAUUUUGAGAGGUUUAACCUAUAAAAUUAAAUUGUUCCAUAAAAAGCCAAAAGAGAGAGACUAGCUGGCAGUGAUAGGCUGGGAUUACCCAAGGUGAGGAUUAUGUCAUCGGCAAACAGUGAGAGCUUGUGUUCUGUGUUGCCUAUGAUAAUUCCACUGAUGUCCAGACUGUUUCUUAUUGUCUGUGCCAGUGGCUCCAGGGAUAGGAUAAGCAAGGGGGGGGAACAGGGGGCAUCCCUGAUGUGUGCUGUUCGUGAUGCCGAUAGGACCUGGGUGGUUGUAGAACGCCAUAAUCCCUUUUAUGGCAUCCAGAGGGAUCACAAAUUUUUCCAAGACCCUUGACAUAUAACCCCAGUGGAGCCUAUCGAAGGCCUUCUCUCAUUAAGCGCGACAAGAAGGCCUCCAGUUUUAGUUUUGUUCAAGUGGUCUAUAAGGUUAAUCAGUUUCCUGGUAUUAUCCAAGCUUCGGCGGCCUCUCAAAAAACCUGAUUGGUCGUUGGUUAUCAGUUUAGGCAAUAAAGUGGAGAGUCUGUUAGCUAUUAAGUUGGCGUAUACUUUGGUGUCGCUGUUCAAACGAGAUAUGGGUUGAAAAUUUGCGCACUGUGUGGCUGGUUUGCCAGGUUUUGGUUGAGUAGAAAUGUGUGCUUUUAACAUUUCUGCUGGUCGUUGUCCUGCCGAAAAACUGCCGUUAAACAGGGUGACAAUAUGGGGGGAGAGCACAGCUAAGAAUGAUUGAUAAUAAAAGUUGGUCACUCCGUUGGGUCUUGGGGAUUUACCAGGCGGGAGUUUGGCAAUGCUUUGCGUAAUCACCUACACAGUGAAUGAGACGAGCAGGCCAGCUGAGUCCUUUAUGGACAGUCUAGGGAGUUUUAUCUUGUCCAUGAAGGUGUCUAUAUAGUGUAUGGUCAGUAGUGUGGGGAUCUGAGUCAAGGUUAUAUAGGGUACUGUAUUUGUAAUUUGUAUUUGCGAAUUUGUCAGUGAUUGCUUGAGGGUUUAACAUUUUUGCCUUGUUUGGGGGGGCUAGGAAGGUUAUUCUGGAGUUGCAAAAAUAAGAUUUACCUAAACACACAAAUCGAGAGAAAAAACUCAUAGGGAAGUAAUGUUAAUUAACAAUUAGCCCCUUAUUUCAAUGUUGCACUCAUAACAUUGGAGAAAUAUUCAGGCUCAUCAAUAAUGCAUGGACUCUCAUGGAUUCAUCAUUGUUCGUAUGUCAAGUGAUGCAUGAAAAAGAUAAACAUAAUACAGCGCUACUAUAAAAUAAAAUCAUACGCUUUAAUAAAUGCACUUACAGUGUACAAGGAGUUAAAAAGCCCAUCAAUACAAUUCUGCAAUCCCAAUCUAUAUUAUUAUUAUUAUUAUAUUUAUAUAGCGCCAUCAAAUUCCGCAGCGCUUUACAAUGGGUGGACGAACAGACAUGUAGUUGUAACCAGACAAGUUGGACACACAGGAACAGAGGGGUUGAUGGCCCUGCUUAAAUGAGCUUACAUGCUAGAGGGAGUGGGGUAAAAUGACACAAAAAGGUAAGGAUAGUAUUGGACCAGUGACAGUUGCAGUAGAGGAAUCAUUUUAAUUAACAGUUUAAUUGAUACGCUUUUAUGAAGAAGUGGGUUUUUAACAAUUUUUUUGAAGGAGUGGAGACUGGGUGAGCAUCUAACGGAGGAGGGAACCGAGUUCCACAGGAACAGUGCAGCCCUCGAGAAAUCUUGAAGGCGAGCAUCAGAGGUGGGAGUACGAACAGAAGAUAGAUGUAAGUCUUCAGCAGAUCGUAAGGGCUUAGACGGGACAUACUUGUGUAUAAGGGAGGUGGGAGGUGGGAGCAGCAUUAUGUAGCGAUUUGAAAGCAAGAACCAGAAUAUUAAAUUGAGCUCUAUAUGGUGUAGAGUAGAAGGUUCUUCACAGUAGUAGUAGGUAAAAAGACCAUAUGUGUAUAAAACAAAAGUUAAAAACAAACUCUACGUGUUUCGUCUAAUAUAUUUGACUUCAUCAGGAGAGAAAAUUAAAUGGCAUACAGAUAAAGUGUUUAGGUAUAUCUUAUCUUUCCAUGUACAUUGAGGAGUGAGAGGACUCCUUUGUUAUACCAAAUCAAAAGGAAGUAAUUAUCGUUUUACAUUCAUUGUAUAUAUACUGCACCUGGGUGGUCUAAUCUUGUUAUUCUGGAGUUGGCUAGUCUCUCCUUCAGUCUGGAGGCUAACAGACUUGUUGCUUGUAUUUUUGUUUGAAUCUUUUAGGUAUGUGGCUUCAGAGAUUUUGUAUUCUCGCACGUAUGGGAAACAAGCCAUUUUGAGGAUGAUGCAAUAGUGUUGCAAGAUUACAAAAGUACACAGUACAGGAUGGUGUAUGUAGAAUUUAUUUAUUGAUGUCUCCAGAAUUAAGAGGUUGAGUUGUUUUUUCAUAACACCUUUUUGCAACAUUUAUGCUGUACAUAAUUCAAAAUUUUGUUAAAGAGCUGCCCCUCCCCCCCCACACACAAUUAUAUCCAGUUUUUACUUGAGAGCAGCCUGCAGGUGGUGGAGGAAAAGGUCUCCAGGGCAACAUCAUCCACUGUUUGCCUGUUCUUUCCACUGGGACUUUAUGAAACUGAAACAAACGAAAGUAAUUAAUAAGGAGUCAUCUAGCUGGUAACUGAUAAGAUGGGAAUUAAAUUGGCAUAAGACUGUAAUCCUAAUCAGUUUACAUUAUUUUUCUUACACCAUUGAUCCAUGUGUCAUAGGAGAACUAUUUGUUUAUAUUAUUUAUUAUUUGAUGUUCUGCAAUUGAAAUGAGUACAUUUUAUGCACCUACCUGUUGAGAUGGAUGUUUGCUACAGUUUGUUUAUGUUGGUACCAUUAUUAGCAUUUAUAGUGUAUCACUGUACAAUUGGGAAAUAGAUAGUACAAUAUACACAGACCAGUAGAAAAGGUAAAAAGUGUCCUGCCCGUGAACUGAAAUCUUGCCACGAAGCUCUUUCACAAAGUACUUAGCUAGAUAGCCUAUGGACUUACAAUUUUAAAGGUUAAUAUUGGAAGCUAUAGGUGAUGACCAGAGAGAAUAAAGAAUAAUUAUAGCUAUUGGUAACCUGUGUAAGUAAUGAAGAGAUAAUGGAGUUAGAUAUCAAACAGCUGGAGAAGCAUUCUAUUAAGUUUGUUGGUAGUGCUUAGAGAAAAUUAAGUUGCUCUGUAUGUUCUGUUUAAUUUGUUUGCAGCCUAGAGAAAAGGAAUGGAGAUUAGACCGUUAUAUCAGGGCUUGACAAAAUUUUUUGAACCCCUUAAGGACACAUGACAUACCUAAGGUGGAUACCUGGAAGGUAGCUAAAUGAUUUAGUUGUUGAAGGCAUGGAACCGUGUUCCCCUGUUGGCGUCUGAGCACUGGUCCCUGCUUGUGCGAAAUUCUCUUUGGAGAUGUGUCGCCGCUGGGUUGGUGCAAACCGUGGUUGCGUGCCCGGGAAUCUUCAUAAAGGCUUUGCCCCGCGGAGCAUGAGGUGUAGGGCCUUCACCAUUCCAGUCGUAUUUAGGUGUCCGUAUCCUGGUGUCCUCUUGGAUAGUAUGGCAGCAGCUCUUGCCUGGACACCCACUUAUCUCCAUGUCAAUAGUGGGCACUGAGCUUUCCUCAGUGAUAUUCCCCCAGGCCUUUGGCCAAAAAUGGGUUCGGGCCGAGAUAAAACCAGCCAAUCAAUGGGGCACAGACGUAGCAGGCCCAUCCUGGGUUGUGUAUUAAAUGAGUAAUGGAGAGUAUGGGCAGAGUCCCCUAAAUAUCUGUAGGUCCUCAAGGUCUCCUAUGACAUAGGACCCCUAGACACCAACCCUUUCUGGCAGUGUAAUACUGUGUGGAUAACCUGAAUAUGGACUGGCAGUCCCUAAAUGCCCAGCAGGCAAAAUAGUGGUUUAAGCUGAAGUUGUUCCAGUGAUUUAUAGUGUCCAUAAAAGCAAGAUAUACUGAGCGAUACCUUCUUUAAAUUGUGAAUUGGUAAGCACAAGCACAUAUAUAAUAGAUAAUAGAUCAUCAUCGUCAUACCACCUGAAGGGUAUUGUACCAAUGGUCUCUUUCAGGAGUAUGGUUAAACCAUAGUCAACUCAAUAAAUCUCCCCAUAGAUGCUGGUAAAAUGGAAUAGUGUCAGCAUAGACUGGUCUCCCAUACCAGUUGGAGGCAGAGUUAGGUCUGUUUAGCUUUUAAUACAUGCCAUUUACAGCGACUUAUACCAGAGUAGUCUCACCUGAGACCCAUAGCUGGACCAGAAUGUAUAUACUGUAAAGCACCUCAAUCUUAGAGCCCUGUAGAGCCUGUAUAACCGAGUCACAUAUACACGUAACUCAGUGUUCCGAGAUGUAUACUGCCAUUUAAAAUUCUCAGUUAACUGUGGUAUAAACUGUCAUAAACUCACAUUAAGCUGUGAUAUAUAAACACUGUAUUGAAACUCAUCAAUCUGUGAUCUAAACUGUGAUAUAUUCAUAGACAGAAAAAACAGUGAUCAGAUGAACUGUAUAAGUUCAUAGACAUAGAGAAUACAGUGAUUUGAUGAACUGUAUAAAUUAAUUGACAUAGAGAAAACAGAGAUUUGCUAAAAAGAUUAUGGAAGACUUGUAGAAAUCAGCCGGUGAAUCCUAGCAUGGCAACAAUAGGCAAGACCCGGUCACUGUGGUUGGAGGAGGGGUCGCGAGCAGGCGCAUACUCCUCUAGCCGGUCUGACUCCCGCGGCUUCUAGAAAGAGCCGAUCACGACGAGGCGGCCACGUGCGCAAGCUCCUUAGAAGGAGCCGACCGCGAGUACCCCGGAAGGCUCACAAGGGAGCUCAGGGAAUCAGAGGAGGCAGCCAGGAGGCUAGUCUCCAGAAACCCAGAGAGAAACACUUGUCGCCCGCGGUUAGCAAGGGCGGAACAAGUAACAGAAGGGUGUUAGCGAGUUGGGUAGCGAGGGUGGGAGAGAUAAAACCAAAGGGAGCAAACCGAAUAGGAAUGCCUAGGAACCCCCAAAAAAACACCACAAAGUAAGCGAAAAUCUCCCCAAAGAAAACCAGGGGAAGCAAAGAAGAGCCAAAAGGGCACAAUCCCCAAAAAACUAAGCAUAAUAAUAAAAUCAUAAAUAAAACAUGAUGAAAAUAAAUCAUCACUAAAUCCCAAAUACGCUAAAGGUAAAAUAAAUCAUAGUAAACCAUGAUUAAUAUAAAUAAUCAAUAAAUCAUAAUAAAACCCAAAACCACCCACUAGAAGCAGGGGCAGUGGUACUCUGACCUGUGCACUAAACUGAUCUGAAAAUAUAGAAAAACAGAGAAUAGUGCAGACCAUCUGAACUAAACAAAGUAUAUAUAGGGGGUAUGAGGGAAAAAACUCACAUUGACCAGAGCCCUAUCACCCCUGGCUCUGGGUUUGUAAUGCUCCACUUGAGAGGGAAAAUUCCCACACUGGUAGGCUUCCAAAUGGUGUGUUAACUUGAAAACUGGUUAAGCUGUGCAAUAUAGGACAGAGAGAGGCAGGACCUCCAAUUGAAUAGUACCGAAUACACUUUAUUAAAAGACAACAGUUAAAAACUCUUACUUUGCGAGUGGUGGGUUAUGCUGACAUAGCUACCCACAUAAAAGCAUAUAAACGGCUGAUAGAAAGUCACUUCCUGGUUUCGUCCGUCCCAAUCACUUCCGGGUCCGCCUCUCUCGUUGUAAGAAAUUAUGACCCUCUUACAAGGAUAUUCUUUUAGGGAAUGUGUGACAAAUAAGACAUAAACACAAGUGUAUAAUAAAAUGUAUUGUAAAUAUUCAUUUAAGGAAACUGUUAGAUUUUAAAAGGAUAUACACAUGACAUUAUACAUUAUAUCCGGUACAUAAUCAAAAGCUACAUAAUAAAAAGGCAAUACUUAAACAUUUAAAUGCAGGUCUUCCCCUUGCGCCUUCAUCUUGGGUAAUCUGGGACAGCCUCUCUCAGUUCACCAUGGCCCUGCUUGCUGCGUUGUCCUCUCCAAAGAGAGAGAGAAAGAGAGAGAGCCUUCCUUGGUUGUUGUCCUUUUAAAGACUGAUUCUUGGAGUAAUAAACUACAAGUCCCAGAAUCCCUUUUCCCUCCCUAAAGUGGUUUAUCCCGCCCUCUUUCUCCAGAGAGUUCUGUCUUUACACAAGUCUUUCCCUUUGAUCUCUUCCCCCUAGCUAUACUGUAAUGUUCUGAAAGAAGUGACCAGUUAGGGUUGGUUUCUGGGUGGGUUAGACUGCUUGGGAAAACACACACUUCCAUGGUUACACCUAGAUGUCUAUUACUCUGAUCUCCUGAUAACAUGCAAGGAAUACUGGAGGGGAGCUUUUGUUUUAGCUGGGUGUUGUAAAAUGCAACUGAAAGCUUUGAUCCUUAUCACACUGUUAUCAAGUAAAUGACCCCAACUUGUGAAACCAGUCACAUACACAGAACGUUAGCUGCAAUAUUGCAGUUUGGAAUAUCAAUUUCUUACAUCGUGAUGCGUUUCGUCCGCCUCCACAGGCUUCCUCUGACAACGUCAUGGGUAUCUAGCCCUUCCUUUUAAAUGUCAUACUCCUCCCCUUCUAUUAUUCCAUUGGUCCGGGGGCGUGGUUUCCUUAUAAAGGGCUGGUUUCAUCUUUCCCUUAUGAGAAUCUGAAUCCUAUUCCCCUCCUACUUUUGCAUAUGCAUGUUUAAUCAGGAAACCAUUAUUUAAUUCAGAGCUAAUAUCCAACCUACUGUUGCACAUAAUUACUAAAUUAAACACACAAAAUGUUAUACAUCAAUUUAACCUUAUAUUGAUUUAUAUGUAAAUGUUAAAACAAAAUAAAUAUAAUGUAUAGCUUAUGUAAGCCAGUGCUCCACCUAGAGAUCCAAAUGUAGAUUUUUUAUUUAACAAUGAUCAGAGAUAUCUCUGUUAUAAUUAAGAAUUAAGUGUUACUCAAUCCAAAUAUAUAAUUUAAAGGGAUAUUCACCUUCAUACUUAUCACAUAUGGUAUAACAGCCCAAUAUGGAAUACAAAUCUAUAAUUUUCCUAAAAGGUAGUGGAUCUAAAACUUUGGAUCAAUAAGGGAGAUCCUGCUAACACAGAGAUAUUGUAGAAGAUAAUGAAUGAGGUUACUUUCUGUGACAGAACCCUCUGUCUGGUUAUUGUGGUGGAUUCGUCUGUUUCUGCCCCGUUCGUGUAAAUGGCUGUUUUCUAUAGCCCAGCCAUACGAAUGACUGUUUUUCCCGAACAAACCUACCGAACGGACGGCCACCCAGGAGAAGAAGUGUGCUGCUGGUUAACCUAUUGAUCCCAAUUAGAACGUUGUGCUUAACCGCAGACACUUCUCAAUUAAACCGAAUUCAGGGUGGUCGUCGUUCGUAUGUCGACCACGAGGCAGCGGCCAUUUUAAACCACGCGAAAGCCCAGUGGUGUUCGGCUCUAUUUUCAUGGAACUAAAAACGGACACUUUUUCUGCCGAACACCGCUGAAACAACGGAACGCCUGGCUGCCUCCACGAAAGCGUACGAACACCGGCCGUUCGGGAGUUUUGAAACACACGAAAGGACUUAACCCAGAUAGCCUUCCAAUGGAGUCAAUCGCAUACCGAAAGACUGUAAGAACUUUGACUCCAUGGCGAUUGAACUAUGUGUGUGGGAUCUGAGCACUAUUCGUUAAUAAUAUGCACUCAGAUCCAGGCUAUCUGAGGAUAUGUGAUGCGAAUAUAUAAUAAAAGAAGUAUCAGAUCUGAGAUACUUCUGAGAGAUCUGAUACUUCUUUUAUUAUUUUUUAUUUUGUAACAAUAAAGUUUAUAGUUUUUACUACUUUAUUUGUUGUUCCUGAUACAUCUUGAAUCCUGACCUAUAUCCUUUGGUGGUGAUCAUACCACCACAUGCUGUCUAUACCAGAGCAAGAUAUUUGCUCUGAAAUUUGUAAGUAGGAUACUUUUCCUUUAUUUGCACACUUUUUAAUACUACACUAUUGGAUUUUAUUUCUAUUUUUAUCUUUCCAUAUACCACUUUGGAGGAUUGGAUACCGCAUUAUACCAUCACUUGAUAUCCUGAGACGGGGAUUAUACCGUCUAGGCGCUAUACGGCAGAGCUCUGAGUAGCUCUGCAAAGUGUGAGUGAGUCUUUUAUAAGCUUUUAUAUACUCUUAUUUCACUUGAAAUAUUGCACUAUUAUUGUUCUGUACUUUUUUGCCUUGAAGGUUUCAUACAUUCCUAAUUAGAGGAUUCUCUGUAUGUAUAUAUUUUAAUUAUUAUUUGCACUGUUUGGGCGCGGUUUACCACUUUUGUCUCUUCAGAUCCUGUUUGACCCUCAAUGCGGAGCUUCUGUCUCGUUAUUGGGGGGAUUUCUUCUUUGCGCUUAGAGACUGCUGAUUGGAACCGAAAACCACUUGGUGGAUAUCGUUGUUCGGCAGCUAGCAGCAGUUUGAGGAUUUCCAUUCGGGAGUUUGGAGCCUUUCACGGAUCCCGGUCGGGAGAUUGCCGCUUCCCCUGGUUAUGGUUCGUGUAUUACAAUUGAUGCGAACGGAUUACUGAAUUUGCGAAAGGGGAAGGUGAACUAAACGGCGGUUUCUCUUAAAGACACCAGGGGGUGUCUUAACACUUUCCAUACUCCUUCUUGUCUAAAGAAGUGUUCUCAUUAGAACCAAGAUAUAAAGAGACAGUAAUGGAUACAUUUUAAAUAAAAAAUACAUUCAAAUAAAAUACAUCAUAUUAAAAAGCCUGGUUUCUGAAUAACAGAAAACUGCCUAUAUACAUAACUAGACUGUAGAGAAGAGAUCAUAUGUACAUAGAUAUUCUUCUAAAAGGAAGAAAGAGAAAAUGUUAAACAUCAUAAUAUGUUUCUAGAGAAAGAAUGUUAAACAUCAUAAUGAGGAAACAUACCGAACUUGACAUCAUAGUUACACAGUUACAUAGCUGAAAAGAGACUUGCGUCCAUCAAGUUCAUCCUACCUCACAUUUGUUUUUUGCUGUUGAUCCAAAAGAAGGCAAAAAAACCCAGUUUGAAGCACAAUUUUGCAACAAGCUAGGAAAAAAAUUCCUUCUUGACCCCAGAAUGGCAGUCAGAUUUAUCCUUGGAUCAAGCAGUUAUUACCCUACAUUCAAAGAUUAUAUCCUUGAAUAUUUUGUUCUUGCAAGUAUGUAUCUAGUAGCCGUUUGAACAUCUGUAUGGACUCUGAUAAAACAUCAAUCAUAGAAAGUGACAAAUCUCAAAGUCCCCAUUUAAACCUUUAGGGAAUAACGACUUCAAUUUAAAACACCCAUCUCAUCUCUUGUUUUGCCAGUUUAUUAUCCAAAUCCUCCCCCCUCCAAUUCCUAUUGACUCUCUCAAUCCCAAUGAAUUGGAGCUUUGUAACGUCUCCUUGAUGCUUGUGUAUAAAAUGCGAAGAUAAAGGGUGCUCCUUAAAGCCCCUUUUAUUAGUACGUAAAUGCUCGUCAAUGUGGAUAUGAAUUUGUCUAGUAGUUUUUCCCACAUAAUGCAUAUUGCAUGGACAGAUAAGGACAUAAAUACAAUUGGUGGUGUGACAAGUUAUUAACUGUUUAACUUGAUAUACUUGUUUCGUGUUCCCCCUAUUAAUUCUCUUUUAACACAUUUAGGGGCUCCUAUAGUCCUACAUGCUAGACAGUAUCCGCAUUGGAAAAAACCCUUUUCUUGAUUUAAAAAAGUUUUAAUAUGAUUCUCUUGUUAGGAAUUGGAGGGGGGAGGAUUUGGAUAAUAAACUGGCAAAACAAGAGAUGAGAUGGGUGUUUAAAUUGAAGUUGUUAUUCCCUAAAGGUUUAAAUGGGGACUUCGAGAUUUGUCACUUUCUAUGAUUGAUGUCAAGUUCGGUAUGUUUCCUCAUUAUGAUGUUUAACAUUCUUUCUCUAGAAACAUAUUAUGAUGUUUAACAUUUUCUCUUUCUUCCUUUUAGAAGAAUAUCUAUGUACAUAUGAUCUCUUCUCUACAGUCUAGUUAUGUAUAUAGGCAGUUUUCUGUUAUUCAGAAACCAGGCUUUUUAAUAUGAUGUAUUUUAUUUGAAUGUAUUUUUUAUUUAAAAUGUAUCCAUUACUGUCUCUUUAUAUCUUGGUUCUAAUGAGAACACUUCUUUAGACAAGAAGGAGUAUGGAAAGUGUUAAGACACCUGUUAAGACACCCCCAGUGUCUUUAAGCAAAACCGCCGUUUAGUCGACCUUCCCCGUCUGUAAUAUCAAUAAGCUCCGUUCGCAAAACCUGUAGUGCACGAACCAAAUGCAGGGGAAGCGUCAAUCUCCCGACCGGGAUCUGUGAACGGCUCCAAACUCCCGAACGGCAAUACACAAACUGCUGCUAGCUGCCGAACAAUAACAUCCACCAAGCGGCUUUCGUUUCCAUCCAGCAGUCUCUAAACAUGAAGAAGAAAUCCCCCCAAUAACGAGACAGAAGCUCCGCAUUGAGGGUCAAACAGGAUCUGGCUUUACUGUGGGCUACCUGCCCGUAUUUAUACACUCCCCUUGGGGACCAAAUGGGAUACUUAAAUGACAGAUAAAUAUGGGGACAUUCCAGACACACAGUCACAGUUUUUACCCACAAUGCACUAUGAUUCCCUCCCCUCUGCCCUGGAGAUAAUUACCAAGUAACUCAAUUAUCUCCAGGACAAAGCCAGUUGCCAUUUUAAAUAUAAAACCAGUGCACCUUAUUAGCGAAUAGCGCUCAGAUCCCACACACAUAGUUCAAUCGCCAUGGAGUCAAAGUUCUUACAGUCUUUCGGUAUACGAAUGACUCCAUGGGAGGGCUAUCUGGGUUAAGUCCUUUCGUAUGCUUCCAAAACUCCCGAACGGCCGGUAUUCGUAUGUUUUCGUGGAGGCAGCCAGGCGUUCCGUUGUUUCAGCGUUGUUCGGCAGAAAAAGUGUCCGUUUUUAGUUCCAUGAAAAUAGAGCCGAACACCGCUGGGCUUUCGCGUGGUUUUAAAAUGGCCGCUGCCUCGUGGUCGACAUACGAACGACGACCACCCUGGGUUGUAGCUGGGUUGUAGCCCAACCUUGACAGUAGCGUCCUAAUGUGAGAAGUGAAUUCAGCUGUGGUGAGUGGGUGCCCCUGGAGUAGCAAUAGUGGAGUGUUUGAGUGUGUGUGGUGACAUACGAGAAUUAAGCUUGGAAGGAUACUGUGUCCAGAAUAAAGCCCAGGAAAACCAGUUUGUUAGAGUUUACUCGGUGACAGGGUUACCCCUAGUGUGGUGCAGAGGUCUGUGGUGUUGUGAAUGCUACUUGGUGUGUGUGUGUGACCCUAGUUCUGCCAACAAAAACAUGAACUAGUAGAUAAUGGAGGAACACCUGACUUUAUUUAGGAGCAGCCAACAUAAUGUUACAGUGAAAAUGUAAAAACAGCUAAGGGCUGCUCCUUGCCCCAUAAUUAAGCUGGGUAGAAAAAUAGUACCUGUUGUGCAAUUUUAAACUGUGUAAGUGUCAAAGUGAGGGGUAGGAGCUUGAAGGCAUAUGGUGAUGUCAUCAUUACAGCAUGCCUUGCUGCCUGCUGUAAUGAUGUCAUGCAUAGCAUCAUUGAAUUUGCAUAGUGUAGUGAAAUCUCCUCAGCGGGUAUGAGAGAGUUUAUGCCUGAGAUGGAAGAAGAAUGAGGUGCAGAGAGCUCAAUGAUUAAUCUUUUAUUUGAGUAUUAAUGUACGGCUAUUCCAAUGGGAUUGGUUCGCCAGGAUGAGAAAAGAGAAUUAGUGAAAGGGGCCAAACAUGAAGCCUGCUUUGGUUUCUUUGGAUAGUAGGUGGUCCACCGUAAAAGGGGCAUAAUCGGCUUAGAACAGGUUAGGACAUUUUAGUGUGCCUAUGGGGAUGGUGAUGGGUCCCGUGUGAAAUCCCUGUGAGAAACCUGCCACCAGAUCAUCAACCAAAAGCCUUGUUGGGUGGGAGCGUAGUUAGAAAGUAGUAAUGUGAAUAUGACCUAGAUCAGUUAUUUGUUAGGUGACAGUCGGGCCGGACACAUAGUCUUAGUUUGUGCUCUGAAGCAAAUGGAGCCGACGUGUAACAACCGACAUGCGCUGAAGCUGCAUGCAUCAGUAUUAAAGUUGUUUUACACCUGCACCUUGCCCAGAAACACAAUGGGUCUACCCAGCUUGUCCCUCUGCACGCUUUCCUGUCUGGUGUGUGGGGUGAAGGAGUGGUGGGAAGGGUCCGCUUCGCAAGGGCACAAGUCUGUAGAGUGAGAUGUGGAGCAAGUGGCAUAGGAUGGGGGCCUCAAUCCCGCAAAAUGGCGGCAGAAUAGUUCUGUGUCCAUCUGGUACCAGUCUAUUUUAAAAUUAAAUUGAGCCAGAUGAGUUCCCGCCUUGGCUGACACGGAUUUGUGGUAAUCGUAGAAAGAUACUUAAUGCCUAAAUCAACCACCUUGUGAGGAUACACCUGUAGCGGAGAGCUGGUAUUACACAGCCUAUCUCCACUUUAGAUCCCAGGGAGGUUCAGGAACAAGCAAUUAUAAAUCCAUAGGGUAAAGUAUCCAGCAGGCAAAAUAACACAGCAGUUUCCCAACAGCAAUCCCAAUAACUGGACGACACACAGGAUCAGGAGCAGAACUAAAGAUUUAUUCACACAGUGGCCUUAUAAAGCCUGCUCCCAUGCAAGGGAGGGAUUUCCAUUAAUUUGUACAGUAGCCAAUCCUGCUCUGGUAACCGCCCACACAUCUCCUCCCCUCAGCCUGCAUCAUAAUCCCCUUAUCCAGCACACCAAUUCCCCCCGUUUCUGGAUGUACCCCUAAACUUAGGGGUACCACUUUAAAUUAUACAUUCCCUGGUAGCCCUGAUCUGGGUGAACAACAUAUCCAAAAAUCACCCAGAUCAGACCAGGGGUUCGGGAAAUUCAUGGAGGGAAUAAAAUGACCGACCGCACGGGAGAGAACAGCCGAAUGGGGUUCCAUGCGAUGUUUCCGACUGAUGUAGGCUACGGGGUGUUCUCCGCCAUCUGCCCCGACUUGGCUUAAAACUGCUCCCAAUCGGUCGGUCCUGGAGUAAGGGAAUAAACUGCACGAAAGCCUCUUGCUACAGAGACUAGGGAGGGUUUGCCUGAAUCCCCUCGAACGGACCGGGCUUGUGGAGGUCUCAGCGGUGUUCGCCUAGUCGAGUGCCCAAUUUGAGUUCCAGACACUCAACGGCAAAACACCGCUGUUUGGGAGUUUUAAAAUGGCCGCCGCCACGUGUUCGUUUCCCGAAUGGCGGCCACCCCCGAGAACAAAGGACGGCUACUCAGCUUGUCAAUUACCCGUUCGCAACAAUGUUGCAACGGGUAAUUGAAGGCACACUUCACACAGGGGAGGUCUGACUGUUCGGUAGUUUCAUUCAAACAAACUAAUGGAAUGAAACUACCUAACAUUCAGACGAAUACAAUACAUUUAACACAUAUAACUUUGCUAUUUUACAUGAAUGCAUUCAAACACAUGUAAUUCUCAGGACAGCCCAGUGCCAUCCGCUACACUGCUCCCCUUUGCCCACAAGCCGGCAUACAAAGUCUGAACCAACACGGAUCGGCUUGGGGAUGUCCGGGGAGGCUCACGGAUCAUUUCUCUAGGUCGGUUUGUCUUGACAACCCGUCAGCGUUCCCAUUCUGUUUGCCCUGGCGGUACUGGAUGUUAAAGUCAAAAGGCUGCAGCGUCAAACUCCAGCGCAGCAGCCUGGCAUUGUCCCCAGCCACCCGGUUUAGCCAGACCAACGGGUUGUGAUCCGUGAGCAAGCAAAAGGGCUGUCCAUACAAAUAUGGCUGCAAUUUCUUCAAGGCCCACACCACAGCCAGGCACUCCUUUUCGAUGGCGGCGUAGCUCACUUCUCUGGGUAGUAGUUUCCGUCUGAUGUAGGCUACGGGGUGUUCUCCGCCAUCUGCCCCGACUUGGCUUAAAACUGCUCCCAAUCCAAACAUAGAAACGUCUGUGUGAACAAGAAAACGUUUAGUUGGAUCGGGAGCUGCCAAGACAGGGGCAUUAACAAGUGCAUCUUUCAACAGGUUGAAUGCCUUCUCACACUCCGGGGUCCAGGUUACUUGGCGGGGUAAAUUUUUGCGGGUAAGAUCAGUAAGGGGUUUGGCCAGGGCACUAUAGUUGGGGACAAACCUGCGGUAGUAUCCGGCCGUCCCUAGAAAAGCAAGGACCUGGGUUUUUGUCCUGGGGGUGGGCCAUUGGGCUAUUGCCUCUACCUUAGCAGGUUCAGGUUUCUGCUUCCCACACCCCACUCUGUGCCCGAGGUACUGUACCUCUGCCAUCCCUAUACUGCAUUUAGCUGGCUUCAGGGUUAAUCCGGCUUCUCGGAUUCUAUCUAACACCGCCCCUAUGUGGGCCAAAUGUUCCUCCCAGGUGUUGCUAAAGAUGGCUAUGUCAUCUAAAUAAGCACAAGUGUAAUCCUGAAAUCCAUCCAGGAGUCGGUCUACCAUCCUCGUUUUCAUCCCAAACGGCAUUACCUUAAAUUGGUAUAAACCGAAUGGGGUGACAAAAGCGGAUUUAGGAAUGGCCUCGGGCGCCAGGGGAAUUUGCCAAUACCCCUUACAUUGAUCAGUGGUCGUGAGGUAGUGACCUCUAGCCAUCCUGUCCAGUAAUUCCUCUAUCCGGGGCAUAGGGUAUGCAUUGGAUACAGUCUUUUCGUUUAACCUCCUGUAAUCCACGCAGAAGCGGGUUUUGCCAUCUCGCUUGGGUACGAGGACUACAGGGGAGGCCCAGGGGCUAUCUGACAGUUCAAUCACCCCUAGGUGGAGCAUCUCCUCAAUCUCUUUACGCAUGCUUUCCUUCACCGCUUCAGGGAUGCGAUACGGGGUUUGGCGCAUGGGAAGCUGCCCUGGGGUCUCUACCCGGUGAGUGGCCAAAGGAGUGUACCCAGGUAUAUUGGAGAAUGUGUCCUGUUUCUCCCUUAAUAACUGUUGUACCUCGAUGGACCGCAGAGCCCCAUCGCAUGGAACCCCAUUCAGCCGAUCCCCCAGAGUAACUUCCCCCAAAUCCCCGGACAGUCUGCCGUCCCCCAGGAGAUCUGGGAGAGGCAGGCUGUCGAACUCUUCAUUGGAGGGGGCUCAAAUCGCGGUUACCUCCUCUGAACGUCCCUGGUAGGGCUUCAACAUGUUCACGUGGAUCAUACGUCGCCCCCCAGUCCCUGUACAGGCGCCAAUUAUAUAUGUGGUGUCGCAUGUCUGCUCCAUCACUUUAUAUGGGCCCUGCCAGGAGGCCUGCAGCUUGUCAUGUUGGACUGGUUUUAAAACUAGAACUUUCUGCCCAACCUGGAAGCUGCGGUCCCUGGCGCCCCUAUCAUACCAUGUGCGUUGGCGCGUUUGAGCCGCCUGGAGGUUCUCUCGGACUGACUUGGUCAACGCUUCCAAACGCUCUAGAAACGCCAGCACAUAUGGUAUGACAGGGGUACCGUCGGUACUCCGGUCACCCUCCCAGUGUUCCCGGAUAAGAUCCAGGGGUCCCCUUGCUCUCCGCUCAAAUGGGGAGAAUCCUGUUGAUUCCUGCGGCACCUCCCUGUAGGCAAACAGGAGAUGCGGCAGAAACCGUUCCCAGUCACUAUGGGUGUCGGCAAAAGUGCGCAGCAUUUGCUUCAAGGUCCCAUUGAACCUUUCGCAUAGCCCAUUGGUCUGGGGGUGGUAUGGGGCACUAAUAAUCGAUUUGAUGUCACAAAAUUUCCAGAGGCUCUGGGUGACUUCCGCAGUGAACUGGGUACCCUGAUCCGAGAUUAUCUCUUUGGGUAAGCCCAUCCGAGUGAAAAUCCGCAUCAGGGCCUCAGCCACGGUUUCUGCGUGUAUGUUAGUCAGGCCAAUUGCCUCUGGAUAUCGGUUGGCAUAAUCCACUACAGUUAAAAUAUACCUUUUUCCAGAGGGGCUGGGUGUUUUCAGGGGUCCUAUUAUAUCCACUGCUACUCUGCUGAAGAGCUCCUCUAUUAUGGGUAGCGGGUGCAAUUUUGCCUUCCGCCGGUCCCCUCUCUUCCCUACCCUUUGGCACGUGUCACACGUGUUGCAGUACCUGCGGACUUCCUGACUAACCCCCGACCAAAAGAAACUCUGGGUCAGCCGGUGCCGGGUGCGACUGACUCCUAAAUGUCCGGAUAGCGGAAUAUCGUGCGCUAUCCGGAGUAAAACUGCGCGAUACCGUUGCGGUACCACUAACUGCCUCAUUACAAUGGGGUCUGACCCAGCUGCCUGCUUGUCAAACUCCCUGUAUAGCAACUGGUUAUCCCAUACAAAUUAUUUGCCCUCCCCUCCCGGCUGGUCUGAGGUGACUUUGUCUCUAUAGAUCUGUAAGGUGGGGUCGGUGGCUACCUCAGCUGCAAAUUCAGUAGGGGGAGCCCAAGGGGUACAUUCUAAAAUAGGGGAAGGAUCUCUUACCUGGAUCUCCGGGAGUGUGUUGUAGAUCUGGGUGCGGGCCUGUUGUCGUGUAACCACUGGGUGUGCCUCUCCGGUUGUUGGGGUCUGGGGUUCAAAUGCAGACGUCAGUUGGCCCAAAUCGUUCCCCAACAAUACCUCUGCUGGCAGCUGGGGCAUCAACCCCACCUCCACAUUCCCAAACCCCGCUCCCCAAUGUAAAUGUACCCGAGCUGUGGGUAGCCGGUAUACUGCUCCCCUGGCUACCCUGACCGCUACUGUUCUGCUGGUCUUGGCCUGGUCAGGUACCAGGUGUCUUUUAACCAGUGUGAUGGUGGCUCCUGAAUCGCGGAGCCCCUGGACUGCUUUCCCCUCCAAGUACACAGUCUGUCUAUGAUGCUGGCGGUUGUCAGCAUUCGCCUGCACAGGAUCCGCUUCAUGCAAUACUUCCCAUUGUUCCACUGUGUUUAUGGGAAUUGCGGUGCCAUAGGGACUUGUGGCCUCUGCUUGGUAGUAGUGGGCUGCCUGUCGAGGUGGUGGGGGUAGUCCGGGCCUGAUCCAGGUGGAGCGAUCUUUUAUAAUGUCCCCAGCGUUGGCAAUGGUGGCACUGUUUUUCUGUGACCGACUGCAAGGCAAAAACGCAUGGAACCAAUUUCGGCUGUUCCCUCCAGCGCGGUCGGUCUUUUUAUUACUUCCACAAAUUUCCCGAACCCCUGGUCCGAUUUGGGUGAUUUUUGGAUAUGUCACUCACCCAGAUCAGGGCUACCAGGGGAUGUAAUAUUUAAAGGGGUACCCCUAUGUUUAGGGGUACAUCCAGAAACCCAGGGAAUUUGUGUCCUGCAUAAUGGGAUUAUGAGUCAGGCUAAGGGGAGGAGAUGUGUGGGCGGCUACUCAUGUAUGAUUGGAUACUGUACUAAUGAUUGUAAAUCCCUCGCUUGGAGAAUGCUUUAAAAGAAGGUUGAGUGAUUAAAAGUUCAGUUCUGCUCCUGAUGCUGUGUGUCGUCCAGUCAUUGGGAUUGAUGUUGGGAUAUUGUUGGAUUGUUUUGCCUGCUGAAAACCUUGCCUUAUAGAUUUAUAAUACUUGUUCCUGAGCCUCACUGGGAUCUUAAGUGGAGAUAACCUGUGGAAUAUCAGCUCUCCGCUACAUUGGUUGGCAGCGCUGGGAUCCAGACUCACAAAGGAAUAAGGAUUAAUGGAGAUUGAUUACUCCACAUUAAAACGAUCCACACUGAAAGAUCUUCUGGAAACAAGAGGUAUUCCAGCCAGCAACAAAACAAAGGUAACAUCUGAGAAAUUAUGGCAGAAUACCGAACAGAGGAUGAUUCGGUCAGCGAACAGAGGGAUGCGACAGACGGAACGGAGCAAGCAGAGUUCCAAAGGCAGCUCCAAUUCAGACUGUCCUUUUAUGGGGAGAACCCACCGAUGGAGAUCAUCUCCAAGACGAUGACAGAGGUCCAGGAAUUUAUAAUGCGGAAAAGAAGGCCACAAACACCAGAAAGAAGCCCAGCAGUGUCUAUGGUGCAAGUGGGUAAGCUGAAAAUCCCAUACCAGGCGUUUAAAAUGUAUGUAGAAGCAGAGGAAUAUAUAGAUGCAUUCCUCCAGGACUUUGAGAGACUGUGAACGCUACAUAAAAUAAAUAGGGAAGACUGGGUCCCCAUUUUAGCAGGACGGUUAACGGGGAGAGCGGCUGAAGCAUACCGUACCAUACGAGAUAACGGAAAUCAGAGAUUACAGCCGGGUAAAAGAAUCCUGGCCCGGUAUGAUAUUACACCAGAAGCAUACCGGAGGCGCUUCAGGGAAUUGAAAAAAGCAGCCAAAGACUCACACACAGAAUGGGCUUGCCGAUUACAAAGAGCAGCCCUCGGAUGGGUACAAGCGAACCAAGCACGGCCCAUGGACGACCUAUUACAAAUGCUGCUGCUAGAACAGUUUUAUGACGGGAUACUGGCGGACUUGCAGGAGUGGGUGAGAGACCCUAACCCCACAUCUAUCACAGAAGUGGCUAAAAAGGCCGAUGAUUAUAUGGAUGCUCGCAGGCAGCACAAGCUGGUGGGUGUUAAACCAGCAGUGCGACCCCUAGGAGGAAACGCACCACCGAGACAACUACCCCCACCAGCUCGUACAGCUGCUCAAUCGAGGUUUCGCCAACCCCCCUCUGUGCAAUGCCACCAGUGCCAGAGGUGGGGACACUAACUACAAGCGGGACUGCUCGAAGCUUAGAGACCGAUCCACGUGGAUCCGACCAGGUCCACCAUCACUGAGAGCAGCGGCACAUCACUACCAGGACGAGACACCCGCCGCUUAUGGCUCUGCAGUUCCCGUCACUACCAUAGAACAGUGGGAAGUACUACAUGAAGCCAACCCGCUACAAGCAAAUGCUGACAAUCGACAGCAUCACCGUCUACUUGGAGGGAAAAGCUGUGCAGGGACUCCGAGAUUCCGGGGUCACCAUAACCUUGGUCCAAAGCCACUUGGUCUCGGACAAAGCCAAAACCAGUAGGACUGUGGCCGUCAGGGUUGCCGGGGGAGCCGUAUGCUGGCUGAAUACAGCAAGGGUUAAUUUGCAUUGGGGUGCGGGGUCGGGAAAUGUGGAAGUUGGGUUGAUGCCACAAUUACCCGCAGAGGUGGUACUAGGGAAUGACCUGGGAAAGCUCACCUCUGCUUUUGAGCCCCAAACCACAAUCACUGAGGAAGCACAUCCAGUGGUCACCAGGCAACAGGCCCGCACCCAGGACUACAAUACACUACAGGAGGUUCAGGUAAGAGAGCCCUCCCCUUCCCUAGACUGUGUCCCUUGGGCCCCUCCUAACAAAUUUGCGGCAGAGGUGAUCACUGACCCCACCCUACAGGUAUAUAGAGACAAAGUCACCUCUGACCAACCUUGGACGGAGGGGGAAAGAUUUGUAUGGGAUAGGCAGUUGUUAUACAGAGAGUCAGACAAGCCAGUAGCUGGGACAGACUCAAUUGUGCUAAGGCAGUUAGUCGUACCACAGAGGUACCGAGCCGAAUUACUCCGGAUAGCUCACGAUAUUCCGCUAUACAGGCAUUUGGGGGUCAGUCGGACCCGACACCGACUGACCCAGAGUUUCUUUUGGCCAGGAGUUAGCCAUUCCAUAGAACAGCCGUAGAUAUCAUAGGUCCCCUUCGGAAACCUAGCCCUUCUGGCAAGAAGUACAUUUUAACAGUGGUAGAUAAUGCCACCCGCUACCCAGAGGCGGUGACCUUGACGAAUAUCCACGCAGAAACCGUGGCUGAGGCCCUGGUGCAGAUUUUCUUCCGGAUGGGGUUACCCAGGGAGAUCAUCUCGGAUCAGGGUACUCAGUUCACUGCAGAGGUCACCCAGCACCUGUGGAAAUUCUGCGACGGUAAGCCUAUAAUCAGUGCCCCCUAUCAUCCCCAGACCAAUGGGCUCUGCGAGCAGUUCAAUGGUACAUUAAAACAAAUGCUCCGAACCUUUGCUGAGACCCACCGGGACUGGGAGCGAUUCCUGCCUCACCUCCUAUUCGCUUACAGGGAGGUGCCGGAUUUUCCCAUUUGAACUAUUAUUCGGGAGGAGAGUAAGCAGGUCGCUGGACCUAAUUAGGGAGCAUUGGGAGGGAGACCGGAGCAUAGACGGUACCCUCAUUGUACCAUAUGUGUUGGCGCUCUGAGACAGCCUAGAAGUGCUAACUAGGACGGUAAAGGAGAACCUUCAGGCGGCUCAGAUGCGCCAACGCACCUGGUGUGAUCGAGGCACCAGGGACAGUAACUUCCAGGUAGGGCAGAAAGUUUUUAUUUUAAAACCUAUCCGACAUAAGUUACAGGCUGCCUGGCAAGGCCCUUAUAAUUGGCCCCUGCGCAUGCUCCAUGUAAACAUGAUGAAUCUCUACCAGAACGUUCAGAAGAGGUGACAGCUAUUUGUGCACCCAACUCUGAUGAGUUUGACAGCCUUCCCCUCCCAGAUCUACUGGGAUACUGUCAGCGGUCCGGAGAUUUAGGGGAAGUUGUGCUUGGAGACCGGCUGAGCCCACAGGAACGUACCGAGGUACAACAGCUGCUAAGAGAGAAGCAGGAGACCUUCUCUAAUGUGCCUGGGUACACUCCUCUAGCCACUCACCGGGUGGAAACCCCAGGCCAACUCCCCAUGUGCCAAACCCCCUACCGCAUCCCUGAAGCAGUGCGGGAGAGUAUGCGCAAGGAAAUUUGAUGAGAUGCUCCAACUGGGGGUGAUUGAGCCCUCAGACAGCCCCUGGGCCUCUCCCGUAGUUCUUGUACCAAAGCAGGAUGGUACGACCCGCUUCUGCGUGGACUACCGGAGGUUGAAUGAGAAAACGGUAUCAGACGCGUAUCCUAUGCCUAGGAUAGAUGAGCUGCUAGACUGGAUGGCCAGAGGCCAAUACCUCACUACAAUAUAAUCUGUGUAAGGGGUAUUGACAGAUUCCCUUGGCUCCGGAUGCUAUCUCUAAGUCAGCCUUUGUCACCCCAUUCGGCCUGUACCACUUUAAAGUCAUGCCGUUUGGGCUGAAAAACGCUCCGGCUACCUUCCAGCGGAUGGUGGACCGACUCCUCAGUGGGUUCCAGUGCUACUUAGACGAUACUGCCAUUUUUAGCAAUACCUGGCAGGAGCACUUGGCCUAUAUAGGAGCGGUUCUAGACAGGAUUGGGGAGGCCGGUCUGACGUUGAAACCGGCUAAAUGCAGUAUAGGAAUGGCCAAGGUACAAUACCUGGGACAUCGAGUGGGCUGUGGAAACAGAAACCCGAACCAACCAAAGUAGAGGCCGUAGCCCAAUGGCCCACUCCUAGGACUAAGACUCAGGUGCUAGCAUUUCUCAGGACAGCGGGAUACUAUAGGAAGUUUGUCCCCAAUUAUAGCGCCCUGGCCAAACCCCUUACUGACCUGACCCGUAAGAACCUUCCCCGCCAAGUAACCUGGAGUGUGAGCAGGCAUUCCAACAUCUGAAAAAUGCACUCUUGGCAGCUCCCAAUCCAACUAAACGUUUUCUUGUUCACACAGACGCUUCUAUGUUUGGAUUGGGGGCAGUGCUGAGCCAAGUCGGGGCCGAUGGCGGAGAACAUCCCGUGGCUUACCUCAGUCGCAAGUUGUUACCCAGAGAAGUAAGCUACGCCGCCAUCGAGAAGGAAUGCCUGGCUGUGGUGUGGGCCCUAAAGAAGUUGCAGCUGUAUUUGUAUGGACAGCCCUUUUCUUUGCUCACGGAUCACAACCCGUUAGUAUGGCUAAACCGGGUGGCUGGGGACAAUGCCAGGCUGCUGUGCUGGAGUUUGGCGCUGCAGCCCUUUGACUUUAACAUUCAGUACCGCCCGGGCAAACAAAAUGGAAAUGCUGACUGGUUAUCUAGACAAACAGACUUGGAAAAAUGAUCCAUGAGCACCCCGGACAUUCCCAAGCCGAUCCGUGCUGGAUCAGACUCUGUAUGCUGGCUUGUGGGCAAGGGGGAGCAGUGUAGCGGAUGGCAUUGGGCUGUCCUAAAAAUUACAGUUAUUCCUAUGUGUUUGGUUGAAUUGUAACCUAUGUAUGUGAAAUGUAUGCAGCAUUCGCUGAUUGUUCGGUAGAAUCACUGCAAGUUAUUAUGAGAGUGAAACUACCGAACAGUCAGACCACCCAAGUAGUAAGUGUGCCUCCAAUUACCGUUUACACGAAUUGGCAAUUCGUGUAGUGGGUUCUUUGUUCUCUGGGUUGCCGCCAUUCGGGAGAUGAACACGUGGCGGCGGCCAUUUUAAACUCCCGAACAGCGUUGUUUUGCCGUCGAGUGUCUGGAACUCAAAUCGGACACUCUGCUAGGCAAACACCGCUGAGACCUCCACACUGCCCUUAAAUUCGGAUAGAAACUACCGAUCGCCCACCCGUUUGGUAGGAAGAAAUAUCCGAACAAAGGUAUUUAUGCGAACUCUCCCUAGUCUCCAUAGCCCAAGUCUUUCGUGCAGUUUAUUCCCUUUUUCUGUGACCGACCGCAGGGCCAAAACACAUGGAACCAAUUUCGUCUGUUCCCUCCAGCGCAGUCUGUCUUUUUAUUACUUCUAAAGAUUUCCCGAACCCCUGGUCCGAUCUGGGUGAUUUUUGGAUAUGUCACUCACCCAGAUCAGGGCUACCAGGGGAUGUAUAUUUAAAGGGGUACGCCUAUGUUUCCUAUGUUUAGGAAUUUGUGUCCUGCAUAAUGGGAUUAUGAGUCAGGGAGGAGGAGAUGUGUGGGUGGCUACUCAUGUAUGAUUUGAUACUGUACUAAUGAUUGUAAAUCCCUCCCUUGCAUGGGAGAAUGCUUUAACCCCCUAAGGACACAUGACAUGUGUGACAUGUCAUGAUUCCCUUUUAUUCCAGAGGUUUGGUCCUUAAGGGGUUAAAGGCAGGUUGAGUGAUUAAAAGUUCAGUUCUGCUCCUGAUGCUGUGUUUCGUCCAGUCAUUGGGAUUGAUGUUGGGAUAUUGUUGGAUUGUUUUGCCUGCUGAAAACCUUGCCUUAUGUAUUUAUAAUACUUGUUCCUGAGCCUCACUGGGAUCUUAAGUGGAGAUAACCUGUGGAAUAUCAGCUCUCCGCUACAGACAUUAUAAUAUAAAUAUAAUAUAUAUAUAUAUAUAAAUUACAUACAUACACACACACACAUAUGUUUUAUUAGCAUCAACUUUUUUAUUUUUUUUUAUUUUACACAUGCAGGGAGGCUGCCUGUCAGCACAGACAGUUCCCCUGCAGGCAGACACUUGGACACCUGUUGUUACCAUACUGUUGAGCGAUCACGUGGCCGCGGGUUCGUAAUCUGCCGCGGGGAGACUGCCUGGGCUGUCAGACAUUCUCCCCACACCAGGAGCAACGCCGAUUGCUGCCGGGGGAACAACGGCGAUCGGGUAAGGACAUCUUACCGUUAUGACGGUUCAGGACAUUCAGCGGUCCUCAUGGGGAUUUUUUCCGAUGACGGUCCUGAAGGGGUUAAUAGUAAAAUACACUUCGAGUGACGUUAAUUUUAUAUAUAUGUAUAUAUUAAAAAUAAUCAAAUGAAUUAAAAAAAUAAAUAUAAUAAAAUUAUAAAAAUAUAUUUAACAAAAAUUAUAAAACCGGUUUUAAUUUGUUCUUACUGUGUUUUGAUAUUAAUAUACAUAUAUAAUACAUUCUAAAUACAUUUAGAAUGUUAUAAAUGCAAAUAUGUAUCUAUUAAAAAAAUAAUUUAUAUAUAUAUAUAUAAUAUAUAUAUAUAUAUAUAUUAUAUAUAUAUAUAUAAAUUUUUUUUUUUUUUUUUACAUAUUUGGUAAUUUUAUUAAUUGCAAUCUGAGGGACCUGCCCGACAACCCAGGCAGAAAGUCCAGAGAAUUCGGCUCACAAGCCCUGUAUUUAACCCUGUAACUUUCCAGGACACCAUAAAACCUGUACAUGAUUUACUGUACAUGUACUGUUUUUCUCAGGAGACUUCACUGAACACAAAUACUAGUGUUUAAAAACAGUAAAACAUAUCACAACGAUGAUAUUGUCAGUGAAAAUGCUGGGAUUUUUUUUUAUUUUUUUUUUGCAUUUUUCACACACAAACUGUACUUUCACUGACUAUGUUGUGAUACGUUUUACUGUUUUGAAACACUAAUAUUUGUGUUCAGCAAAGUCUCCCGAGUAUAACAAAACCCCCCAUAUACAGGUUUUAUGGUGUUUUCAAAAGUUACUAAGUCAAGUAAAAGGCUUGAAUUUUUUUUUUUUUUUUCAAUUUGAAAUUUGACCGAUCGGUUAUGUUGCCUUUGAGAGCGUAUGGUAGCCCAUGAAUGAGAAUUACCCCCAUGAUGGCAUGCCAUUUACAAAAGUAGACAACUCAAGGUAUUGCAAAUGGGGUAUGUCCAGUCAUAUUUAGUUGCCACAUAGUCACAAACACUGGCCAAAGUUAGCGUUCAUAUUUGUGUGUGAAAAAUGCAAAAAACUAAAUUGAAUGCUAAUUUUGGCCAAAAUUAGCAUUCAAUUUAGUUUUUUGCAUUUUUGAAACAAAAAAAAAGUGGCUACUAAAAAAACUGGACAUACCCCAUUUGUCAUCCUUUGGGUUGUCUACUUUUGCAAAUGGUAUGCCAUCAUGGGGGUAAUUUUCAUUCCUGGGCUACCAUUUGGUCUCAAAGGUAACAAAACCAGUCUGGCAAAUUUCAAUGUGUUUAAACUAAAAAUGUAAUGUGCUAUAUUUGACCCUCUAACUUUCCAAAACACCAUAAAACCUGAACAUUGGGGGGUACUGUUUUACUUGUGAGACAUCGCUGAAUACAAAUAUGUGUACUUUAUUGCAGUAGCAGCUUGUAUUGUGACAUUCACAGUUAAAAUGCCAUGCAGAACUAAAAAAAUAAUUUCUUAAAUUCUAUUUUUCUUAAUUUUAUUCAUAUUAACUUAUGUUUAUUAUACAAAUAUUUGAUGUGACAUAAAAGCCCUGCAUCUCCUGAACAAAAUUAUAUACGAUAAGUGUGGGUGCACAUAACAUGAAAGAGGCGAAUUACGCCUGAACAGAUAUAUAGCGCAAAUUCAAGGUUUUGUUUGCGUUUUAUGUUUUGAUCACAACUUGUACAACUGCCUCAGUCCUUAAGAGGUUAAGCGUUACAUGGUUUAGCAUAAGGUUAAGAAGGUGUUGCAGAACUCUGGCCACUGGUACCUCUUUAUUGAUAUGAAGUGGUUUUAAUAUCCAGAGUGUUCCUUUAACUUUUUGGAGCGAAUCUAUGUAUUCAUCAGAGCCUAAAUUCUGCUCUCUAGUCCAGAGUAGAACUUUUUAUAUAAAUGAUGUGCGAUAUAUGUAAAAAGAACACAUUUUCAAACCUUACAGGAUGAUAUGAAUAAUUUCCCAUAAUUCACAGAAGAUUAUUAAAGUUCCUACACCUUGACGUUAGUAGCAGAACUCAUGGUAGCUCCGUGUGAUAUGCACUUCUACCUAACGUUAAUAGGUUUAGAUUUAUUAACCCUUUCCCGACAUUAGGGUGUGCUAUGCCGUCCUACGAAAGGAGGACUUUAACACACCCUAUCAAUUGGGCCCUCCCUCCAGCCCAAAUACUCAUUCUCGUCGCCGGAUCUGAUUGGGGUACACUGCCUGACAGUCCAGUCAGUCCCCUUCCAGCCGAUCCGAGUCAUGUGAACUGCCUGGGUUGUCAGGCAGAUCACACAACAUUCAACUAAUAAAAUCCCUUAAUUAUGUAAAAAUAUUACAGAAAUAUACACUUAUAGAAUUAAACUAUGUAUACACACAUUUAAGUCUAAGUGUAUAUUUCUGUAUUAUUUUUACAUAAUUAAGUGAUUUUAAUAAAUGUAUGUUGGAAUCUGCCUGACAACCCAGGCAGAAAGUCCAGAUAAUUUAAUUUGCAAGCCUUAUAUUUGACUCUGUAAUUGUGCAGGUGGGUUAUUUAUUGUACUCGUGAGAUUUCAAGGAAUACAAAUGUAACGGACCGUUUUGCACAAAAGGGGAAAAAAACGCUUAGACGAUAAUCCCCCUUUUAGAGACAGGCACAGCUACUGUAGAAUCACCAAAACUCACGAACCGCCAAUAAGUGAAUGCUCCAAACUCCCGAACGGCAUACAAUGGAAUAAGGUAGCACUCCAAAUAAAUGAACAGGAACCAUACGAAUAGCUGCUAGCAGACGAACAGGAAAAGCAGACAAUCAGCUUACACUCCUGGCAAUCAGUCUCUAACAGCAUACAGUGAAUCCCCCCAAGAACGAGACAAGGCUCCGUGUUGAGGGUCAAGCAGUGGUCUGAGGUGCUGGCACACACAGCCUGGUUUUUAUUACAGUCUUGCAAAUACAGGACCGCCCACAGGGAGGUAUAAAACAACCAAUCACAUACAGUUACAUCCCACAUAUUCCCUCCCCUUAUCCUGAGAGGAAACUCAAUUACACAUACAGUUAAAACAUACUUUCUACCCAACUUUCAUAACUUUAAAACCAUACAUCACAUUCACAUAAAAUUACAUAUUCACAAUCAAUCCAUUCAGGGGAACAACAUAUUAAAAAAUGGCAUGAAUCAGACCAGGGAUUCAAAAGUUAGUAAAAAGUCCUUUGUGACUAAAUGAAGCAUGGCUUUCUGGCCCAAACCAGUUUGAGUCUUCUAUCCUGGAGAUAAGUAAUUCAAUUAUCUCCCAGGACAGACACAAGACUCCAUUAAGCACAUGGUUGCAAAAAGACACAAAACACUUUAAAAUACAUAAAGUCACAUUUAUUACAUAAAACACAGACAUUUCACAUAUCCCCAGAUAGCUCAGGUCUGAGCGCACAUUAUUAAGUGAAUGGCGCUCAGACCACACGAAUACAGUUUAAUCGCCAUGGAGCCAAAGUCUUUACAGUCAGUUUCAUACGAAUGGGCUCCAUGGGAUUCCUAUCUGGGGUAUAACACAUUCAAACAAAUCUACCGAACCCCAGGCAGAAAAGCACGAAUUAAGCUUUUCUGCAGGUAAAAAAGAUGUCUUUUAACAGGGGGCCAUAGUCCAAAGGCAGCAGGCGAGCAACCAGGCUUCUCCAAUGCAAUGUGGCGAGAUUGGUCUCGUCACAACAAAUAUUAGUGUUUUUAGAGCAGCAAAACAUAUAAUGGCAAUAGUCAGCGAAGGGACAUUUUUUGCGUGAAAAAUGCAAAAAGACAAAUGUGAACACAAACUUUGGCCAGGGUUUGUGACUAAGAGGCUACUAAAAAGACUGGACAUACUCCAUUUUUAAUAAUCUAGGUUGUUUACUUUUGAAAAUUGUAUGCCAUGAUGGAGGUAAUUUUCAUUCAUGGGCUGCCAUACAGCAAAUCCCAAUCUGGCAAAUCCCAAUCUGGCAUAGUGUAUGAACUAAAAAGGGGGAAGCCCUCCUAUAUUUGACCCUGUAAUUUUCCAGAAUCCUAUAAAACCUGCACAUAAAGGCUAAUUUUGUACCCAUGAGACAUCACUGAUCACAAAUGUGUAUUUUAUUGCAGGAAAAGCUAACAGUAUUAUUAUAUUAACAGUAUUAUUAUAUUAACAGUUAAAAUACCAUGCAGAACUAAGAAAAUAACACAAUGUCUUAAUUCCUUACACAUUUUUUGAUUUUGUUCAUAUUAAAUUAUAUUUCAUACAUACAUAUUUAAAGUGAAAUUUAUAUAUAGUAAGUGUGGAUGCACUUAAUAUGAAAGAAAUUAAUUAUGGUUAAAAAGACAAAUAGCUCAAAUUCCAGGUUUUGUUUUGAUCAGAACUUGUCCAAUUGCCCCCAUCCUUAAGGGGUCAAAGGUAUCUUAUUAUUGAUAUGUCUUUUUAAAAAAUAAAUAAAAGAUUUUUACUUUAUUUGCAGUGCGUAGUUCCUUGUCACACAGCUGUUGCAAGAAAAAGUGAACUUCAAUGAACCUAUCUCCAUCCACAACCUCAGAGGGCCUGAGUGAUGCCCAGCCAGGGAGCCCAAGCUCACACCAGUUUGUACCACUAAACCCUGGAGGAGCAAAAGCAAAUGGCCCAAAUAAGAACAGCAAAAAAGGGCAACGCAUGGACCGUAGCAGCGAAGAGUAUCGACUGCGGCGGGAACGCAACAAUAUGGCUGUUAAAAAAAGUCGAUUGAAGAGCAAACAAAAAGCUCAAGACACACUGCAAAGAGUCAACCAGUUAAAAGAGGAGAAUGAAAGACUGGAGGCCAAAAUCAAGCUUCUUACCAAAGAGCUGAGUGUGCUUAAAGACCUUUUCUUAGAGCAUGCACACAACCUUGCAGACAAUGUGCAACCAGAAACUUCUGCAUCCGGGCAGGAGAGUGCAGGACAGUAACAAUCAAACAUGACUGCCAUUCACUUAUGGUCAAAUGAAAGACUUGCUGCACUCAGUUUAUAUCCUGAUACUUAGUGUAGUUGAGGCCAGAAACAACAAUGUGUGUGUAUGGUUUGGGAUCUUAUUUAUGCAGGAAGAUUACAGUGGUGCCAUUAGUGGUCCUUCAGUAACAAGUACACUUGCCUUUUUGACAUUAUCAUUAGAUAUUGCUUUACUUGACAGUGAAAAGGAGUUUGCAAAAAACAAAGUUAAUAUUUCAAUGUAAUCUCAACAUGACUAUUUAAAAUCUCACAAUAUUGGUUUACCCCCGAAUAUUCUACCUAAUCAAGUUUUAUAUUUGUAGAAUGAAUGUGGUUUUAAUGUCUCCCCCACCCCACCCCUUUCUUUAUUGUACAGAUAUACGGCAGUGCUACAAUUGACUGUAAACCUUCAACUUUAGUUCAAUUUAUACAAAAGCACAUUCAACAAAUAUCAAAUGUAUAGUAAUGGUUAUGGGGAAAUGCCUGGUUUUACUUUUAUUGCUCAAAGAAGUCUGCAUUUUUCCUGCAGAUAAAGGACAUCUCUGCAUUGUCUGGUCCACAACCAUGGAAUAAAUAUUAUUGACGCUUGUGAUAGUUUAUUUCUGUCAUUGCACAGCACUCAUUACUUUGUUCCUUGAAGUGUUUGACUUCUUCUGCAAUAAAAUACAUAAUGGACACAUCCCAUAACUUUACAUAUGUAUUUGAAUCAUGUGCUAUUUCAUAAUAAAAAAUAAAAUAAAAAAUCAUGCAAAUGCAUUACUGGCCAUGUUGAAAUACUUGCCUCUCAUUUGGAUGUCUUGUAAUUUUGCGAAACAUUGGAUUUUAUAUGUAAGGUUAUAAUAACUUCAUGUUAGGUGGUGUCGGUAACUAAUGUAAGUUUUAGCAUAAUAGAAAUAUGGCAAUGUGGUGAUUUUUUUUUUUUUUACACGAUAUAAUAUAUAUAUAUAUAUAUAUGAUCUUUGUCUAAAACAUGUUUUGGUUGUAAAUCUUUUGAGUUGUUAGUAAUAACAUUUCAUGAGGGGGGAAAAAAAUCAACCAAUCUUCUUUAUUUAAAAAAACAAUUAAUUGACCGUAACAGGCUGCCGUAUCAUAGAUAUGACUGUUGGCAGCUUGGAACAUUUAAAGGGCUUUUCAGUUUUGUUUGCAGCUACAUGCAAGGGACUUGAAAAUCCACCUAGAUGAUAAACCUGUGUAUUGAUUUUGUAUUUUAAACUUCAUGUAGUUGCUGUUAAAACUGCUGGCAGGGCUAUUGUUUAACUGGAUCUGCUAGCAGUCCAUGCAGUUUUCUUGCAGCCAGUGCUCUAGGUAAAUGGGCUGACCUGAACAUAAUUGUCCAUAUGGACCUGUGUUGUGGAGAACAUCUAAGGUGUCAGUUGUCAUGCCUUGUGUAUAGCAUCACAAACAAAAUAGGAUUUAAAGAAACUAAACAAAAAAAAAGGACAAACCAUUUUUAAAAAGUUUUUUUUUUUUUUUUAAAUUUAUUUUUCAAAUUAAAAGUAAGCCUGCUUUCAGACUUGAGAACUUGCUAUAUUGAGUAGAAUUUCAUUAUAGGCUGCCUGAGAACUGUCUAGUUGUAGGAACUGACCACUGUGCCUUAAUAGAAAAUUGAUAAUGUUGAACCAAUUUUAAAUUUAAUUUUGAAUGAAAUAAAAUGUUUGAAGUUAAGUGUAA